CGGGGCCUGCGCCGAGGGGGCGGGGCGGGGCGGCGCUCUAGGCCGAGCGGGAGGUCGGGGCUGCGGGCGCUCGCUGGUGGCGGAUCUGGAGGCGUCUGCGGUGGCGGGGCUCCGCGGCCGGGGUCGAAUGUGAUCAGGAGCCAUGAGCGUGGACAAGGCCGAGCUAUGCGGGUCUCUGCUCACCUGGUUGCAGACGUUCCACGUCCUGCCCCCCUGUACCAGCCCCCAGGACCUGAGCAGUGGCCUCGCCAUAGCCUCUGUGCUGAACCAGAUAGACCCUUCAUGGUUCAACGAAGCCUGGCUCCAGGGCAUCUCAGACGACCCAGGUCCCAACUGGAGGCUGAAGGUCAGCAAUCUGAAGACAAUCUUACAGAGCUUGGUGGAGUACUCCCAGGAUGUCCUGGGGCAUCCCAUUUCGGAGCAACACCUCCCAGACGUGAGCCUCAUUGGCGAGUUCUCAGACCCAGAGGAGCUUGGCAAGCUGCUUCAGCUGGUGCUGGGCUGUGCCAUCAGUUGCGAGAAGAAGCAGGAGCACAUCCAGAGAAUCAUGACCCUGGAGGAGUCAGUUCAGCAAGUGGUGAUGGAAGCCAUCCAGGAGCUCAUGACCAAAGACACCCCUGACUCCCUGUCAUCGGAGACCUAUGGGAACUUUGAUAGCCAGUCCCGAAGGUACUACUUCCUGAGUGAGGAGGCUGAUGAGGGGGAUGAGCUGCGGCAGCGCUGUCUGGACCUGGAGCGGCAGCUAGUGCUCCUGUCAGAGGAGAAGCAGAACCUGGCGCAGGAGAACGCGGUGCUGCGCGAGCGGGUGGGCCGGCCCGAGGGUGAAGGCGCCACCGGCCUCACUGCCAAGAAGCUGCUGCUGCUGCAAUCCCAGCUGGAGCAGUUGCAAGAGGAGAACUUCAGGCUGGAGAGCGGCAGGGAGGACGAGCGCCUGCGUUGUGCUGAGCUCGAGCGGGAGGUCACCGAGCUGCAACAGCGAAAUCAGGCGCUGACCAGCCUGGCUCAGGAGGCUCAGGCCCUGAAGGAUGAGAUAGAUGAGCUGCGGCAGUCCUCGGAGCGCGCGGGGCAGCUGGAGGCCACGCUGAACAGCUGCCGGCGCCGCCUGGGCGAGCUGCGGGAGCUGCGGCGGCAGGUGCGGCAGCUGGAGGAGCGCAACGCCGGCCACGCCGAGCGCACGCGGCAGCUGGAGGACGAGCUGCGCCGGGCCGGCUCGCUGCGCGCCCAGCUCGAGGCGCAGCGGCGGCAGGUUCAGGAACUGCAGGGCCAGCGGCAGGAGGAGGCCUUGAAGACCGAGAAAUGGCAAUUCGAGUGCCGCAAUCUGGAGGAAAAAUAUGAGUCGGUGACAAAGGAGAAGGAGCGGCUGUUGGCAGAGCGGGACUCCCUGCGCGAGGCCAACGAGGAGCUGCGCUGCGCCCAGCUGCAGCCGCGGGGGCUGACCCAGGCCGACCCCUCACUGGAUCCCACCUCACCAGCUGUGGAAAAUUUAGCAGCGGAGAUCCUACCUGCGGAACUCAGGGAGACGCUCCUGCGGCUUCAGCUGGAGAACAAGCGGCUGUGCCAGCGGGAGGCGGCCGACAGGGAGCGGCAGGAGGAGCUGCAGCGCCACCUGGAGGACGCCAACCGCGCGCGCCACCGGCUGGAGACGCAGCACCGGCUCAACCAGCAGCAGCUGUCGGAGCUGCGGGCCCAGGUGGAGGACCUGCAGAAGGCCCUGCAGGAGCAGGGGGCCAAGACUGAGGACCCCAUUGUAAGUACCGUGGGCCCAGGGUGGCACCCCCUACCCUCACCUGGAAGGGGGUUGGGACCUCUGGACCCCCAGUCACCCGGUGCCUCUUUUCUCCCCCAGUCCACCCUGCUGAAGAGGAAGCUGGAGGAACAUCUGCAGAAGCUGCACGAGGCGGACCUGGAGCUGCAGCGGAAGCGCGAGUAUAUCGAGGAGCUGGAGCCCCCCGUGGACGGCAGCACAGCCCAGCGCAUCGAGGAGCUGCAGCACAGCCUGCGGAAGAAGGAGGCCGACUUGCGGGCCAUGGAGGAGCGGUACCGCCGCUACGUGGACAAGGCGCGCACGGUCAUACAGACCCUGGAACCCAAGCAGCGGCCACCAGGGGGUGCGCCCCCAGAACUCUACUCCCUGAGGACACAGCUCCGGGAGCGGGACGUCCGCAUCCGGCACCUGGAGAUGGACUUUGAGAAGAGCCGAAGUCAGCGGGAACAGGAGGAAAAGCUGCUCAUCAGCGCCUGGUAUAACAUGGGCAUGGCCCUGCAGCAGCGCACUGGUGAAGAACGGUCGCCCGUGCAUGCCCAGUCCUUCCUGGCACAGCAGCGACUGGCCACCAAUGCUCGCCGUGGACCCCUGGGACGCCUAGCAUCCCUAAACAUGCGCCCCUCUGACAAACACUGAGAGACCUCGGAUGCUGCCGGCUGUACGGCCAGUCAUGGCAUACUCCACCCUGGAUUUCCCGACUCACAUGGGGCCUGGCAUCAUGCCUGGGCCAGCUGCUUGAGAGCCUCGAGGUCAUGACCUCUGCUCUUUGCUCUCCCAGAUAGGACAAAAGUUCAGGACAGGGUGGGAGGCAGAGAUGGGCCUGUUCUUUUAGCAAUGUGAUUCUUAUUUUUGAUUUUCUCCCUGGGGUCAAUGAACUGCCAGGGGAGAGAGUGAUUUUAUAUUUGAGAAGAAAAAUAAUAGAGACUUUCAAUCUGUCCUGGCUGGACUCUGGGCACUGAGGGGAGGGAGAGAAAAUGGGCCAGGGACUCAGAUGAUAGCUUUUAAGAAGGGCCUGAUUUGUAUUCUUACUAAAGUGUGAGUGACUGAUAGCACCCAGUAGGAGGUGAGAA